AUGAAGAUACCGAUAGUCACUGCUAUGUUGGCCCUGGACGCUCAGUGGACACGACGGCCCCGUGCCUUGACACGACAUGUGGAACAUUUAUCGAAUGGCAGCAAAAAAGCCGACGCUGCCGACCGCGAACAAUACGUCGAAUACAUGUGCGGUGACGGACGGGGCGUCUGCGAGGGAUGGGAGGAGCAUGAACGUGAAUUCCACGCCGGAAAGGACGGCAAAGUGUUAUAUGGACAGAUGCAUUGCUGUCAUGGGGAUUACUGUAAUCGGCCCAACAAGACGCUACUCGAAAUAAGUCGGCAGAAAACCAGAAAAGACUAUAUAAGUGAUUCUGAAGAAGACAAAGACGAUUCGGAAGAAACAUCCACUGCGAACGAGCCAGGAUCUUCUAGUUUCUGCACAUUUUUCCUUGUGAUUAUCGCCUUGAUAAACUUGCUG